CAUAUACUAGCUUCUUUUAUUGAUCUUCUACACCAGACUUUGGCAUUAGCUCUGCUGCAACUGGAUCGGAGACUCUUAGCGACAGCUUGCUAGGGCUCAUGGCGAAGGCAGGACAACAGGAUUUCUUCGCAGGAAGUGAAGGGGGGAAGAAUUCCCUGCCAGAUCUUAAUUCUGGGGGCUCUUUAACAUACAAUGAGUUAUUGGCAAGGACGCUACUAGAGUUGUCAAACAUUACGGGAACGCAAUUUGACAGCCAACAAUAUUGUCAACCAGCUGGAACGAGCAGUGGAGUGGUGCAUGGUCAGCAUCAAACCAAUAUCAAUGUUUCAAGAACUUUUCCGGCUCUAGGGAAGACUGUAAAUCUGAAGAAAAGAGAAGCUGACAGAGCAUACAGACAAAGACAGAAGGUAACACUGUGUAUCUCCUUUCUAAUGAUAUUUCUCAUUUUCAUAUAUAUGUUGAGUUAUCUCACGGGUGGUGUAGUAAAUGAAUCUCACAUCUCAACAAUAGAGUGAAAUUCAGCAAGUGGUUUAUAUAUGUGGAGAUCUAUGAAUUAAACAGCAAGGGAAAAUACAAAUGCAAAACAGCGUAGACAGGCUUUCUGUUGAGAAUGCAAAUUUGAGGAAAGAAAAUGAAAUCUUGAAACUUGGCAAUGCUUCAAGGGAAAAAACUUUGCAAUGUCAAGCAGAAAUUAUAGAUCAGGUGAAAAGGGAUCUUGUCAAACUGAAGUCCAACAAUGAGCUGGCAGACCAAUUACAAUUGUUGCAGGAUUUGACGAAGUUCAUAGAAGAGAGGGACAAACAUCAUGUGAAGCCAACACAAUAUCCAACUCCUUCAGAUGAAGGAAGGCACUUAGAAAAAGAAAUUUCAGCUGGUAAUUUGGAUGGUUAUGACUCUAAGGAUGAAAAUGAUUCUAGUAAGAAAAAGAAGCGUGCGGCUCAUUCAGCUCCAAGUGAACGUUGUUCUGGCAAGGUUCCUAAGUUUGCGUGUCAUGAUGCCAGAGCUGUUCAGGUCGUUGAUCCUCACUCCAUUGCUAAAUGCCUUGAUAUUUUAAAAACCAUGGGAGACAUACCGUAUCCUAUCGUACAGAAAGCAACAGCUAAAUUUAAGUCACCUGAUGAAAGGGAGAUUUUUGUUGGACUAACUGUAGAUUGGAGAAAGGAAUGGGUCAAACAUUUAGAGUGAUGCUUGAAGAAAUUUUUCGAGUUAUAUUUACCCUUUAGGAAAGAAUCUCUUUUUUUUUUUUGAUCAAAGGAAGCAUCCCUUUUUUUUUUUUUUACGUCAGGAACUAUUUAUAGUAUAUUAAUUAUACAUGCUACCUACUGUGAUGACUUUGAAUUUUUUUUGGGUUAAAGCCAAUUGUAGUCUUACUUUGUGAAAAUGUUCAUUACCAUCCCUCUACUAAGGAAAUGUUCAAUGUCAUCCCUCUAUUUUUCUUGCACCAUAAAUGUUAUCCCUUUAC